GAGAUCAACUUCCCAUGUCUUCUGCCUUUUGCCUUCUCCAUGUCUUAUUAAAUUUUCUCCUUCGAAAAGCGCGAAACACAGAGCGAGAAUGGAAUGUUCCUCAUGGAAGAUGAUAGAGCAGGCAAAGGAAGAGUUGCAAAUACUCGAAACCCUUCACCCAAAUCGCUUUGACUACCUCAAGUUGGAGCUCAAAUCCUUCAUCUUCUUCCUCGAAUCCCAACACAACAACAACGAUAACAACAACGAAAACAACAAUUUGAUCUACUAUCCCUCUUCUUCAACUGCUACAACGCAAGCAUCAACGAAUAACAGGAAGAGAAAGAAAGUUGGUAUUGGAAUGGGAAGCUGCAGAAAUGAAGAAAUGAAGAAUAAGUUUCAAAGGGUUUUAGGGGAGUUCAAGAGAAGGGAUAGGAUUGAUUUGGUUCUUGAGAAAGCUCAAUCUUGUCUCCGGAAAAUUCAGGAACUGAAAUCUAGUUUAUGUUGAAGCUCCGACAAUUUAGAAAAUGAAGGAAAAAAAAUUGUAAAUUUUGCCGAUGCUUGCCUUGGUCGUCUUUUUUUCUUUUUUUUUUCUCCUUUUUUGGUUUCAUUCGGUUUUUAUGGCUGAUUAUCCUUCUUCU